AUGACUCAGUCUCGGCUUUUGCCAGCUGUGCUGCUUGCAGCCUCGUCCUGGCUCCUUGUCUCACUCCUUGGCUCGCAGCAGACCUCCUUCCUGACCGGCACUGCGCCGGCGUCUUCGCGGCAGAGCCGAACGGCCAUGCGAGGCUUCAAGGAUGACUUCUACGCAUGGAAGGACUCCCUGAGCAAGGAUGAGCAAGCUUUGAUCCUGAAGCAGGCGCAGAACGAGUUCGACAAGAAGUUCCGCAAGAGCGACACCUUCAGCCAGGACCUGCCAGAGGAGAAGAUCCAGUCCUUCGCCAAGGUCCUCAAGAAGUUCUUCGACAACGAAAAGGAUGACUACAAGAAGGACGCGGAGCAGCGGACUCCCGACUACGAUGCUCUGAAGAACAAGGCGGCCCUGGUCUCCUACGACUUCGGCCUGAAGCGACGCGUCGUGGAGAUCGACCGCGACGCCGACCGCCGCUGGAUGUACGCGUCCAUGAAGGCGCGCGUGGCCGAGGCCGAGGACAAGGAGGUCUCCGACAGCGCCCCCUUUGAGGACGCCUACAAGUUCUCCAAGGACACCGCGGAGAAGGUCCACGACUUCAUCUCCAAGGCCAACAGCGCCAGCAGCGCCCCGAAAGAGCUGAAGGGUGAGAUCGACAAGAUGCUGAAGGAGAACCCGCCCUCCGACGACUUCAAGGUGAGGUUCCCCCGGGUCUUGCAUGAGCGCCUCGCCCAGAAGGCUUUGGCGCUGGCGCAGGAGAUCGAGGACUACAAGGCGAACCAUUCCGAGGCGGAGGUCAAGGAGUUCAACACCAGGACUGCGCCGGAGGAGUUCCUGAAGACGGCGACCGAUCUCAUCGGGCCGUACUACGAGGCCCGGGAGGCCAACGAGAAGAAGGUGGAGGACCUGAAGGCCUUCUUCCGCUCCCAGAAGAAGGUGGCCGGCAAGACCAAGGCGGACAUCGUCAAGGAGAUCUUCAAGGUCAUGCCCAAGUACUCCGACACGCCCAUGCCGCCGCUGGACGAGGAGAUGCUCGCCGACUUGGCCAAGAUCCCUGCCGUCCUCGAGGGUGAGUUCAAGCACAACUGGGGUACCGCGGAGAAGCUCUACAAGUCCGAGGCCAUCGACUCUUUCGGCAACAAGUACCUCCUGGGCGUCUUCGAGACCGUGAAGGAGGCCGAGAAGGCCUUCGACGAGUGGAACAAGGAGUACGAGCAAGCCGGAGUGGACGUGCAGGAGUCAUUGAGCGGAUGGGCCAAGCAGCAGGAGGCGGCGCUCGCCGAAGACCAGGACGAGGUGGACCGCCUCCGCAAGCAACUUGAGGAGGCCGUGAUCGUUGUCUCGAUUAAAGGGAUGACGCAGCGGCUGUUGCCAUCGUUGCUCCUUGCAGCCUCAUCCUGGCUCCUUGUUUCGCACCUGGGAUCGCAGACCUCCUUCCUGACCGGCACUGCGCCGGCGUCUUCGCGGCAGAGCCGAACGGCCAUGCGAGGCUUCAAGGAUGACUUCUACGCAUGGAAGGACUCCCUGAGCAAGGAUGAGCAAGCUUUGAUCCUGAAGCAGGCGCAGAACGAGUUCGACAAGAAGUUCCGCAAGAGCGACACCUUCAGCCAGGACCUGCCAGAGGAGAAGAUCCAGUCCUUCGCCAAGGUCCUCAAGAAGUUCUUCGACAACGAGAAGGAUGACUACAAGAAGGACGCGGAGCAGCGGACUCCAGACUACGAUGCUCUGAAGAACAAGGCGGCCCUGGUCUCCUACGACUUCGGACUGAAGCGACGCGUCGUGGAGAUCGACCGCGACGCCGACCGCCGCUGGAUGUACGCGUCCAUGAAGGCGCGCGUGGCCGAGGCCGAGGACAAGGAGGUCUCCGACAGCGCCCCCUUUGAGGACGCCUACAAGUUCUCCAAGGACACCGCGGAGAAGGUCCACGACUUCAUCUCCAAGGCCAACAGCGCCAGCAGCGCCCCGAAAGAGCUGAAGGGUGAGAUCGACAAGAUGCUGAAGGAGAACCCGCCCUCGGACGACUUCAAGGUGAGGUUCCCCCGGGUCUUGCACGAGCGCCUCGCCCAGAAGGCUUUGGCGCUGGCGCAGGAGAUCGAGGACUACAAGGCGAACCAUUCCGAGGCGGAGGUCAAGGAGUUCAACACCAGGACUGCGCCGGAGGAGUUCCUGAAGACGGCGACCGAUCUCAUCGGGCCGUACUACGAGGCCCGGGAGGCCAACGAGAAGAAGGUGGAGGACCUGAAGGCCUUCUUCCGCUCCCAGAAGAAAGUGGCCGGCAAGACGAAGGCGGACAUCGUCAAGGAGAUCUUCAAGGUCAUGCCCAAGUACUCCGACACGCCGAUGCCGCCUCUGGACGAGGAGAUGCUCGCCGACUUGGCCAAGAUCCCUGCCGUCCUCGAGGGUGAGUUCAAGCACAACUGGGGUACUGCGGAGAAGCUCUACAAGUCCGAGGCGAUCGACUCCUUCGGCAACAAGUACCUCCUGGGCGUCUUCGAGACCGUGAAGGAGGCCGAGAAGGCCUUCGACGAGUGGAACAAGGAGCAGCUUGGCUUGCCAGCUCUGCACCGACUCCCGUUUUCCACGGGGCACCUCUCUCUCAGCAAUGUUUUAGUUUCCUUCCUUGACGAUACCACAAGGUACGAGCAAGCCGGAGUGGAUGUCCAGGAGUCAUUGAGCGGCUGGGCCAAGCAGCAGGAGGCGGCGCUCGCCGAAGACCAGGACGAAGUGGAUCGCCUCCGCAAGCAGCUCGAGGAGGCCGAGGCAGGGAUACCAGAUCAAACGUACUAUGUUCGCUUGGACAAUGACCUUGACUUGGAACGUGUUUGGUUCCUUGGUUCAGCCGCUUGGCCACAUGUGAUGCCUGCCAAAGCGAGCGUAGCACAGGUCAGGGAUGACGCAGUCUCGGCUUUUAUCAUCUUUGCUGCUCGCUGGCUCCUCCUGGCUUCUGGUCUCGCUCCUGGGACCUCCUUCCUGACUGGCACUGCGCCGGCGUCUUCGCGACAGAGCCGAACGGCCAUGCGAGGCUUCAAGGAUGACUUCUACGCAUGGAAGGAUUCCCUGAGCAAGGAUGAGCAAGCUUUGAUCCUGAAGCAGGCGCAGAACGAGUUCGACAAGAAGUUCCGCAAGAGCGACACCUUCAGCCAGGACCUGCCAGAGGAGAAGAUCCAGUCCUUCGCCAAGGUCCUCAAGAAGUUCUUCGACAACGAGAAGGAUGACUACAAGAAGGACGCGGAGCAGCGGACUCCAGACUACGAUGCUCUGAAGAACAAGGCGGCCCUGGUCUCCUACGACUUCGGCCUGAAGCGACGCGUCGUGGAGAUCGACCGCGACGCCGACCGCCGCUGGAUGUACGCGUCCAUGAAGGCGCGCGUGGCCGAGGCCGAGGACAAGGAGGUCUCCGACAGCGCCCCCUUUGAGGACGCCUACAAGUUCUCCAAGGACACCGCGGAAAAGGUCCACGACUUCAUCUCCAAGGCCAACAGCGCCAGCAGCGCCCCGAAAGAGCUGAAGGGUGAGAUCGACAAGAUGCUGAAGGAGAACCCGCCCUCCGACGACUUCAAGGUGAGGUUCCCCCGGGUCUUGCACGAGCGCCUCGCCCAGAAGGCUUUGGCGCUGGCGCAGGAGAUCGAGGACUACAAGGCGAACCAUUCCGAGGCGGAGGUCAAGGAGUUCAACACCAGGACUGCGCCAGAGGAGUUCCUGAAGACGGCGACCGAUCUCAUCGGGCCGUACUACGAGGCCCGCGAGGCCAACGAGAAGAAGGUGGAGGACCUGAAGGCCUUCUUCCGCUCCCAGAAGAAAGUGGCCGGCAAGACGAAGGCGGACAUCGUCAAGGAGAUCUUCAAGGUCAUGCCCAAGUACUCCGACACGCCCAUGCCGCCUCUGGACGAGGAGAUGCUCGCCGACUUGGCCAAGAUCCCUGCCGUCCUCGAGGGUGAGUUCAAGCACAACUGGGGUACCGCGGAGAAGCUCUACAAGUCCGAGGCGAUCGACUCUUUCGGCAACAAGUACCUCCUGGGCGUCUUCGAGACCGUGAAGGAGGCCGAGAAGGCCUUCGACGAGUGGAACAAGGAGCAUUUCGGACCGUACGAGCAAGCCGGAGUGGACGUGCAGGAGUCCUUGAGCGGCUGGGCCAAGCAGCAGGAGGCGGCGCUUGCCGAAGACCAGGAGAGGAUUAACAGGGGUUCCUUCUUGUUGAGUCUGCCCUUCUUUACUGACGAAGUGGACCGCCUCCGCAAGCAGCUUGAGGAGGCACGUUUCGACCGCUUGCUUGAGCCACUUGGCCAAUUCGUGACCUCCUUCCUGACCGGCACUGCGCCGGCGUCUUCGCGGCAGAGCCGAACGGCCAUGCGAGGCUUCAAGGAUGACUUCUACGCCUGGAAGGAUUCCCUGAGCAAGGAUGAGCAAGCUUUGAUCCUGAAGCAGGCGCAGAACGAGUUCGACAAGAAGUUCCGCAAGAGCGACACCUUCAGCCAGGACCUGCCAGAGGAGAAGAUCCAGUCGUUCGCCAAGGUCCUCAAGAAGUUCUUCGACAACGAGAAGGAUGACUACAAGAAGGACGCGGAGCAGCGGACUCCAGACUACGAUGCUCUGAAGAACAAGGCGGCCCUGGUCUCCUACGACUUCGGCCUGAAGCGACGCGUCGUGGAGAUCGACCGCGACGCCGACCGCCGCUGGAUGUACGCGUCCAUGAAGGCGCGCGUGGCCGAGGCCGAGGACAAGGAGGUCUCCGACAGCGCCCCCUUUGAGGACGCCUACAAGUUCUCCAAGGACACCGCGGAGAAGGUCCACGACUUCAUCUCCAAGGCCAACAGCGCCAGCAGCGCCCCGAAAGAGCUGAAGGGUGAGAUCGACAAGAUGCUGAAGGAGAACCCGCCCUCCGACGACUUCAAGGUGAGGUUCCCCCGGGUCUUGCACGAGCGCCUCGCCCAGAAGGCUUUGGCGCUGGCGCAGGAGAUCGAGGACUACAAGGCGAACCAUUCCGAGGCGGAGGUCAAGGAGUUCAACACCAGGACUGCGCCAGAGGAGUUCCUGAAGACGGCGACCGAUCUCAUCGGGCCGUACUACGAGGCCCGCGAGGCCAACGAGAAGAAGGUGGAGGACCUGAAGGCCUUCUUCCGCUCCCAGAAGAAAGUGGCCGGCAAGACGAAGGCGGACAUCGUCAAGGAGAUCUUCAAGGUCAUGCCCAAGUACUCCGACACGCCCAUGCCGCCUCUGGACGAGGAGAUGCUCGCCGACUUGGCCAAGAUCCCUGCCGUCCUCGAGGGUGAGUUCAAGCACAACUGGGGUACCGCAGAGAAGCUCUACAAGUCCGAGGCCAUCGACUCCUUCGGCAACAAGUACCUCCUGGGCGUCUUCGAGACCGUGAAGGAGGCCGAGAAGGCCUUCGACGAGUGGAACAAAGAGUACGAGCAAGCCGGAGUGGAUGUCCAGGAGUCCCUGAGCGGCUGGGCGAAGCAGCAGGAGGCGGCGCUGGCCGAAGACCAGGACGAGGUGGAUCGCCUCCGCAAGCAACUUGAGGAGGCACGGAUGACGCAGUCUCGGCUUUUAUCAUCUUUGCUGCUCGCUGGCUCCUCCUGGCUUCUGGUCUCGCUCCUGGGAUCCCAGCAGACCUCCUUCCUGACUGGCACUGCGCCGGCGUCUUCGCGGCAGAGCCGAACGGCCAUGCGAGGCUUCAAGGAUGACUUCUACGCCUGGAAGGAUUCCCUGAGCAAGGAUGAGCAAGCUUUGAUCCUGAAGCAGGCGCAGAACGAGUUCGACAAGAAGUUCCGCAAGAGCGACACCUUCAGCCAGGACCUGCCAGAGGAGAAGAUCCAGUCCUUCGCCAAGGUCCUCAAGAAGUUCUUCGACAACGAGAAGGAUGACUACAAGAAGGACGCGGAGCAGCGGACUCCAGACUACGAUGCUCUGAAGAACAAGGCGGCCCUGGUCUCCUACGACUUCGGCCUGAAGCGACGCGUCGUGGAGAUCGACCGCGACGCCGACCGCCGCUGGAUGUACGCGUCCAUGAAGGCGCGCGUGGCCGAGGCCGAGGACAAGGAGGUCUCCGACAGCGCCCCCUUUGAGGACGCCUACAAGUUCUCCAAGGACACCGCGGAGAAGGUCCACGACUUCAUCUCCAAGGCCAACAGCGCCAGCAGCGCCCCGAAAGAGCUGAAGGGUGAGAUCGACAAGAUGCUGAAGGAGAACCCGCCCUCCGACGACUUCAAGGUGAGGUUCCCCCGGGUCUUGCACGAGCGCCUCGCCCAGAAGGCUUUGGCGCUGGCGCAGGAGAUCGAGGACUACAAGGCGAACCAUUCCGAGGCGGAGGUCAAGGAGUUCAACACCAGGACUGCGCCAGAGGAGUUCCUGAAGACGGCGACCGAUCUCAUCGGGCCGUACUACGAGGCCCGGGAGGCCAACGAGAAGAAGGUGGAGGACCUGAAGGCCUUCUUCCGUUCCCAGAAGAAGGUGGCCGGCAAGACCAAGGCGGACAUCGUCAAGGAGAUCUUCAAGGUCAUGCCCAAGUACUCCGACACGCCCAUGCCGCCUCUGGACGAGGAGAUGCUCGCCGACUUGGCCAAGAUCCCUGCCGUCCUCGAGGGUGAGUUCAAGCACAACUGGGGUACUGCGGAGAAGCUCUACAAGUCCGAGGCGAUCGACUCCUUCGGCAACAAGUACCUCCUGGGCGUCUUCGAGACCGUGAAGGAGGCCGAGAAGGCCUUCGACGAGUGGAACAAGGAGUACGAGCAAGCCGGAGUGGAUGUGCAGGAGUCAUUGAGCGGAUGGGCCAAGCAGCAGGAGGCUGCGCUCGCCGAAGAUCAGGACCCCUCUUUGUGGGAUUCGAAAGCUCAAUUGCGCUCCAGGGAUCUUCUGUCCUGGCAAGAAGCGCAGAUUCUACUCUCCUGA